AGAUUGUUUGACUCCAUCUCACCAUCAGAUAGAGUCAUAAAUCACACAAAUUGUGAUUAUAUUUGAUGUUUGUUUUACUACUAGUUUAUAAAAUAUUAAUAUAAUUAACGAGUAAUUAAACAAACAGUGAAUUAUAGCUAUAAAUAGCUUUCAUAUCAUAAUAAUUAGUGAAUGCAAUGAAUGGGACGUAAUUGAUGUGAAUGUGUGGACACGUUGUGAACGUAUUAUUGGUUAAGAAAAAUUUUUCAAUAUAAUGUCCGCUUCGGAGCCACAGCUCAGCCACGGAUUGUCGCAACCGAUGGCCACCGGAUCGGCGCCGCAGACCAUCACUGGUGGCGAUCCGUUGUCGUCGCUGUCGUCGGCCGACAAGCAAUCGGUGCCACUAAUGAUGGAAGCGAUGGAACCGAUGGGCGAAUUGGACGGCGCUAUCAAUAGUCUGGCCGUCUCUGCGAAAUACAAUUUAACCCAAUUAUCGCCGAAACAACUGCUUCUGAGUCGAUGGCAAGUCAUGAAGAGUUGGGGAAUGUUUGCCGACACCAACCGAAUGCUGUUCCCGACGGCUAUCAACCAAUGGUCGCGACGACUGGUGAAG